AUGGAUCAAAAUUAUUCCGACGAUACCAAUAAUAAUAUCGAUUUUAACAAUAAUAUUGAUAUUAAUGAUGUUGAUGUUAAUAGUCAAGAUUUUUUUCCUAAUAAUUACGACAAUUACGAUAAUCAAACCGCCGCCCAUUACCACAAUACUUAUUACAAUAAUCUCGGUCACCAAAACAGCCAGAACUCUGUCGAAAAUAAUUACAUUGAUCAAAACUCCAACGACGAUAAUUUAAUUCAUCAAAUUAAUCCUGCCAACCAAAACUCGGAUGUUGUCGGUAAUGGUUUCGUUGAUCAAAGCUUCACUGGAAUGAUCAACAAUGAUAACAAUGAU